UGGCAACAUUCAAUCAUCAGUCAACAGCAAGAACUCAACGAAGCAACAUGCACAGCAGCCGUAGCAGCAGCAUUCUCAUCCUGGCCAUUGUGGCCAUUGGUGUCUGUGUGGAGGCCAUGCCACAGCGCUUCCAAACCCUUCCGUAUUAUCCACGACCCACACCACCGCCGCGUCCCAUUCGAGUGCGUCGCCAGGUGCUGGGCGGCUCGGUGUCCUCGAAUCCGGCUGGUGGCUCCGAUGCACGUCUGAAUCUGAGCAAAGGCAUCGGCUCACCCGAUCACAAUGUGAUUGGACAAGUCUUUGCAGCGGGCAAUACACAAAAGGGACCUGUCACCACCGGAGGAUCCUUGGCCUACAAUAAUCAUGGCCAUGGCUUCGAUCUGACCAAAACCCACACGCCCGGCGUACAGGACAGCUUCACGCAGUCGGCGCAUGCCAAUCUAUUCAACAACGGCAAACACAACCUGGACGCCAAAGUCUUUGCCUCGCAGAACAAGCUGGCCAACGGCUUUCAGUUCCAGCGCAAUGGCGCUGGCCUGGACUACUCCCACAUCAAUGGCCACGGCGCCAGCUUGACCCACAGCAAUAUUCCCGGCAUUGGCAAGCAAUUGGGUCUGGAUGCACGCGCCAAUCUCUGGUCCUCACAGGAUCGCAACACUCGCCUCGAUCUGACCGGCAAUGCCAACAAGUGGACCAGCGGCCCCUUCAGUGGCAAAACCAACUUUGGCGCCGGCUUGGGUCUAACUCACAUGUUCGGUUAAAUAUCUAUAUAUUUCUAUAU